GGAGCUGUCCGGCAGCCUCGGUGCUGAUCCCGCCGCCGCCCACGGGCCGCGAGCAGCGCUGAGAGGGCACUAUGAGCGGGGGCGUCUACGGCGGAGAUGAGGUGGGGGCGCUGGUCUUUGACAUUGGCUCCUUCUCAGUCCGCGCUGGGUACGCUGGGGAGGACUGCCCCAAGGCUGACUUCCCCACCACGGUGGGGCUGCUGGCCGCGGAGGAGGGGGGCGGGCUGGAGUUGGAGGGGGAGAAGGAGAAGAAAGGGAAGAUCUUUCACAUCGACACCAAUGCCCUCCACGUGCCUCGGGAUGGAGCGGAGGUCAUGUCACCCCUCAAGAAUGGCAUGAUCGAGGACUGGGAGUGCUUCCGUGCGAUCCUGGAUCACACCUACAGCAAACACGUCAAGUCUGAGCCAAAUCUGCACCCAGUGCUCAUGUCCGAGGCCCCGUGGAACACACGGGCCAAGCGGGAGAAGCUGACAGAGCUGAUGUUCGAGCAGUACAACAUUCCUGCCUUCUUCUUGUGCAAGACGGCUGUGCUUACUGCCUUUGCAAAUGGACGCUCCACAGGUCUGGUGCUGGACAGUGGGGCCACCCACACCACGGCCAUUCCAGUGCACGAUGGCUACGUCCUGCAGCAAGGCAUUGUCAAGUCACCCCUGGCAGGGGACUUCAUCUCCAUGCAGUGCCGAGAGCUCUUCCAGGAAAUGGCAAUUGACAUCAUCCCGCCUUACAUGAUCGCAGCCAAGGAGCCCGUACGGGAGGGUGCCCCCCCAAACUGGAAGAAGAAGGAGAAGUUACCCCAGGUUUCCAAAUCCUGGCAUAACUACAUGUGCAAUGAGGUGAUCCAGGACUUCCAGGCCUCCGUGCUGCAGGUCUCGGACUCUCCCUAUGACGAGCAGGUGGCUGCGCAGAUGCCCACAGUGCACUACGAGAUGCCCAAUGGCUACAACACAGACUAUGGUGCGGAGCGACUCCGCAUCCCGGAGGGCCUGUUUGAUCCCUCCAAUGUCAAGGGCCUUUCGGGGAACACCAUGUUAGGUGUGGGCCACGUGGUGACCACCAGCAUCGGCAUGUGCGACAUUGACAUUCGCCCGGGCCUGUACGGCAGUGUCAUUGUCACUGGUGGGAACACGCUGCUCCAGGGCUUCACUGACAGGCUCAAUCGAGAGCUUUCCCAGAAGACUCCACCGAGCAUGAGACUGAAGCUCAUCGCCAGCAACAGCACCAUGGAGCGCAAGUUCAGCCCCUGGAUCGGGGGCUCCAUCCUGGCCUCACUGGGCACUUUCCAGCAAAUGUGGAUCUCCAAGCAGGAAUAUGAGGAGGGCGGGAAGCAGUGUGUGGAGCGGAAGUGCCCCUGAGGGCGCCCGCUCCCCAUCCACAGGCCCGCCUGCAGCGGUGGGGGAGGGAACGCGAAAGCAAGGAGAUGGUUUCCCCCACCUCUGCUCCGCCAGCGCAGAUCGAAGCCCCCAACGCUCCCAGCGCCCGCUUUUCUUCCCUUCCCCACUCGUCCUCUUAGAUUGUGAUGUUUCUGGGUUGAAAGGAGUAAAAAUGUUUUAAGAAAAAAAAAA